CUGGGGACUCUUUCCUGGAAACGGCAGAUAUUCCUCCUUUCCCCAAAAGGAAUCGGCUGCGUGAGGCUCUUCUUCUCUCGCGCCUCUGGGUUGUCCCGGAGUAGCCUCUCCAUUCUUUGGUCGCUCUUGGGGACAGUUGGUUCACGAUAUGACAGCGGGAGAGCCCGCUAGUAUCGUGGCUGAAUGACUUGGCCUCAACUUUUAUUUAUUCAGACGUGCUUCAAGGAGUUUAAGAAUUGUGUGAAGCAGCAAAUGUCAGGCUGGCAGAUAGCGUCAGAUUGGUGGGACAAACCAGAAAUCAGAAAAAAAUGUCGUCCCUAAAGUAGUGGGGGCGAAUUAUACGGUUUAUUUUCUUGGCAUCCAGUGUUCAUGUCAAUUGCAUUCUGCCUCUGUCUGACGGAAGCCAUCCUGAUCUUUGCUGCAGAGGGUUCCCUCUUCUUCUGCUCCUACAAAGUAAAAGUACUGCUGCAUUGGACUGCACAAAUGCUGGCCCUUGUGGCUGCCACCUUGGGCUUGGCCUUCAUUAUCUCCAGCAAGAAUCGAAGUGAGCUCCCGCACUUCAUCUCCUGGCACAGCAUCCUGGGUCUCCUGACAUUUUUGGCCACCUGUGGGCAAGUCCUGUGUGGACUGUGCCUCCUCUUUCCACAGGCUCUAAGGAUUUCGUUGAUGGCUCAGCUCCGGAGGUGCCACACUGUGUGUGGACUGAUAGUUUACUUGCUGACCACUUUCACUGUAGCGCUGGGCAUUUGCUCUGACUGGUUUCAGGCCCAGAUCAAAGGUGUGGCUUGGUAUUUCUGCUUGGGACUGAUCUUUUGUCCAGCCCUGAUGAUUGUGAACCAGAUUCCUAGAACUUGUUUGUCAAAGAAGAGACAGUAUGUUUGAGAUGUGAUCUCAGUAGGACCCCCAGGAAUCAACAUUUCAGUGCUAUCAUUUGUGUGUUCUCUCUUUACUAUGAUUUUUAUUACAUUCAUAUUUGAUUUCCUAUG